AUGGGCCGCACUUUGCCCUGGGCGGUUGACCGUCUUCCGCCAGCAAAGAAAGCACCAGAGGCUCGCAGGCCUCGUAUCAAGCAUGAAAGAGCAUCCUCCCCAGCCCGCAGCCAAGAUUCGGCCGAUAACGUACGCACGACUGACCAGGAACGGCCGGUCAAGUCACCUGGUUCAAAGGAUCGAAGUCGGAGGACACCUUCUUCGUCUCCUAUUCGAGGGCCUCCAACUACAGAGCUCAUGCGAGAGGGCUACGAUGGCGACGACAUCUAUAUCAUGGUGGAAGACGAGUUCCAGACCGUCGCACAGUCAUAUACCGCACAUCUGCAUCAUGCCGAGUAUAAGAGACUCGUCAAACAAGCGCGAGACGCAGCUCCGAAAGCUCUUCCUGAGCCGACGUCGCCCAUGUCCGAGAAAACAAAGAGACGACUCAAAUCUGCCGCCUUGCGGGACAAGCAGAACGAGACUCUACGAAGGGUCAUCAGAGAUCCGACACUCGAAGAUGAGGAGGACGAAGACACGGUCAACGACUUGUGGUCUGGCACCAGUCUCGCUCCGCUGAUGGCAAGCAGCAGCCAGCAGAAGAGGUCACUCGUUGGCUUGGAGGGAAUUGCGAGCAGUACAAAGGCUGGCAUGGGUCUCGCCAGAAGUGGGGGCAGCAGGAGAGACACCAGAAGCAACCUGGAAGUGGAUGAUCUCGCUCAGCGGGCCUUCUCAAAACGAGACAAUACCGAUGCCCUGUCGACUUCUGGCGCGGUGCAACAGCAGGAAGCUCUGCAGAACAGUCUACGACAAGUUUCGACAUCUCGAGUGUCCGACGAUAGUGUCCGAGAACGCAGGCACUCUGCAGUACGUAGCGGAUCCGAUGAGCGACCUCCAAAACGUAGGUUUGUGGUGGACCUCGAUGAAGAUUCUGGCGCACCAGAAGCCGUGCAUGACUCUCAUGGUGGUGUACGCAGAUUAAAAACAGCACCGCAAUCAAAUGGAAAACCCUUGUUGAAGGGCAUGGCAAAUAAGGGUCAGGACAAGAAAUCGAGACUGGAGGAAGUACCGAUGUUCAUAAUUUGA